AUGGGAUACAUCUCCAUCGGAGACAAAUAUAAAACUCCUAUGCAAGAUGGCGAAGCCUAUACUGAUCAAAUCAAGUUGAGACGACAGUUUCAAGUGAAAGAAUUAAAAAAAAAUUUAGCUAAAAAUUUCAUCCCAAGCAGUGGAUACAAAGAAAGCUGCGGUGUUGGUACUUUCUAUGGAACAUUGGGUGGUGUUGUGCCUGCAAUGAGCAAUGUCCACAAAAGUGGACCAGCAUACAAACCACCGGGUAAAAAUGUCUUAACCAACCCAAGUAAAAGAGGUACAGGUUAUGGUUACCUAGACGUGACCAUUGGGGAGUAUUACAAACAUGUUUCUGACCCAUAUGAACAAGCUUGGAUUCAAACUCAGAAAGAGCAAAAAGUACAUAAAGAAAAGAUGAAGGGUACUGCUUUCAAACUGAAUAUGCAUCCACAAGAUUUUUUUGAUCCCAACCCCUUUCUUACAUCCACGGGACAUCCAGAAAGGAAACCAAAACCUUCUCAAAAGAAAAGUGGGAAACCAUUUUAUCCAAGUCAUAUUGGGUUGAAGGCUGGAGGCAUGAAAGCUGGUACAUUUGAUCCUUAUCCAAGUCAUUCCACUGACCAAUAUGUUUUGGCCAAACUCACUCGUCCAGUACAUGUGGUCAAUAAAUCAGGAAGUUUGUUUGUUCCUCCUAAGAGAGAAAAGUCACGACCAGUUGCUUCCAUUAUGCAUAUGAAUGUUAUGAGAUCAAUCAACAACCAAAACUACAAGACCAUUGAAUCCGUGUUACCUUACUGA